AGGAGCUUCACUUUCAGAGCUGCUGGGGGGCUAUGCACCUUCCAAGGGUUACCUAUAAAAUAAAUCAGAGCUCUAUCUUCCAAAAUUGGGACUAAACUUACAUUUUUCCACAAAAGAGAUUGCUUGAAGGAACCAUGGAGAUCAGAGGAGCGCUCACUCUGCGGAAAAGGCAAGUCUUGAUUUUCUUUGUUUUGCUGGGAUUGUCUGAAACGGGGCCUGAAUCGGUGCGCUAUUCUGUGGCAGAGGAAAAAGAAAUUGGCUCUUUUGUGGCCAAUCUGGCAAGGGAUCUGGGGCUUGGGGUGGAGGAGCUGUCCUCACGGGAGGCCCGGAUAGUUUCUGAUGAUAAUGAGAAGCAUUUGCACCUGAAUUUGCUGACUGGGGAUUUGCUCCUAAGUGAGAGACUAGACCGAGAAGAGCUCUGUGGCUCCACGGAGCCCUGUGUGUUGCAUUUUCAGGUGUUACUGCAAAACCCUUUAAAGUUUUUUUUGGUUGAGCUGCACAUCAGAGAUAUAAAUGAUCACUCCCCUACAUUCUUGGAUAAGGAAAUACUUUUGAAAAUAUCAGAAAGUACGACUCUCGGAACCAAAUUCCUAAUGGAGAGUGCCCAAGAUUUGGACAUAGGAAGCAACAGUCUCCAAAACUACACAAUCAGCCCCAAUUCUCAUUUCUCCAUUAAAGUUCAAGACAGUGGUGAUGGAGAGAUAUACCCAGAACUGGUCCUGGACAGAAUGUUAGAUCACGAAAAGGAGCCUGAGGUCAGAUUAACACUUGUAGCGCUGGAUGGUGGAUCCCCACCCAGGUCUGGGACAACUUCGGUUCUCAUAGAGGUCUUGGACGUCAAUGACAAUGCCCCCGAGUUUCCUCAGAAGCUCUAUGAGGUGCAGGUCCUGGAGGACACAGCCAUUGGCUCCUGGAUAAUCACCACCUCGGCUAAGGAUCUGGAUGCAGGAAACUAUGGGAAGAUAUCUUACAUAUUUUUCCAUGCAUCUGAAGACAUUCGUAAAACAUUUGAAAUCAACUCUACAUCUGGGGAAGUUCGUUUGAGAUCUAGCUUGGAUUUUGAAGUAAUACAGUCCUACACUAUAAAUAUUCAGGCAACAGAUGGUGGGGGUCUUUCAGAAAAAUGUACUCUUCUGAUAAAAGUAUUGGAUGUAAAUGAUAAUGCACCAGAAGUGACCAUGUCAUCAAUUACAAACAGAGUUCCAGAAAAUUCGCCACAGACCCUUGUUGCUGUUUUUAGUAUUCGAGACCAAGACUCUGGGGACAACGGAAGAAUGGUUUGCUCUAUUCAAGAUGAUCUCCCAUUUAUUCUGAAACCCACGCUUAAGAAUUUCUUCACUCUGGUUACUGAAAAAGCACUGGACAGAGAGAUGAGAGACAAGUAUAGCAUCACAAUCACCGUCACAGACAUGGGGACUCCCAGACUGAAAACUGAACACAACAUAACCGUGCUGGUCUCUGAUGUCAACGACAACGCCCCGGCCUUCACCCAAACCUCCUACACCCUCUUCAUCCCAGAGAACAACAGCCCCGCCAUGCACAUGGGCAGCGUCAGCGCCACAGACAGAGACGCGGGCGUUAACUCCCAGGUCACCUACUCUCUGCUGCAGCCCCAGGACCCCAGCCUGCCCCUGGAUUCGCUGGUGUCCAUCAACGCUGACAACGGACACCUGUUCGCCCUGAGGGCGCUGGAUUUCGAGGCCCUGCAGGCUUUCGAGUUCCUGGUGGGCGCCACAGACCGCGGGUCCCCAGCGCUGAGCAGCCAGGCGCUGGUGCGCGUGCAGGUGCUGGACGCCAAUGACAACGCGCCCUUCGUGCUGUACCCGCUGCAGAACGGCUCUGCGCCCUGCACCGAGCUGGUGCCCAGGGCGGCUGAGCCUGGUUACCUGGUGAGCAAGGUGGUGGCGGUGGACAGCGACUCGGGCCAGAACGCCUGGCUGUCUUACCAGCUGCUCAAGGCCACAGAGCCCGGGCUGUUCAGCGUGUGGGCGCACAAUGGCGAGGUGCGCACGGCGAGGCUGCUGAGCGAGCGCGACGCGGCCAAGCACAGGCUGCUGCUGCUGGUCAAGGACAAUGGCGAGCCUCCGCUGUCAGCCAGUGUCACGCUGCACGUGCUGCUGGUGGAUGGCUUCUCGCAGCCCUACCUGCCUCUGCCCGAAGCGGCGGCCGACACGGCCCAGACAGACCCGCUCACGGUCUACCUGGUCAUCGCGCUGGCGUCGGUGUCGUCGCUCUUCCUGUUCUCGGUGCUGGCGUUCAUCGCGGUGCGGCUGUGCCGGAGGGGCAGGUCUGGCUUGGUGGAUGGCUGCUCGGUGCCUGAGGGCCACUUUCCGGGCCAUCUGGUGGAUGUCAGCGGUACUGGGACCCUGUCCCAGAGCUACCAGUAUGAGGUGUGUCUGAUGGGAGGUAUGGGGACAGAUGAAUUUAAAUUUCUGCAGCCGAUUAUUCCCAGUCUUCCAGCCCAUGACACUGGUAGGAACGUAGAGGAAAACGAGAACUGUAGGAACAGCUCUGGAUUCAACGUUCAGUAUAAAGUCUGAACAUUUAAUCUUUAAUUAUUCUUGCCUGACUGGAAACAUUUUGCCAAGUUGUAGUGAAUUUUGGUUGUAUAGUAGUUGCAUUCAUUAUUUCUCAUGCUCUUGCACUUGCUUUAAAAAUCAUUUUUAGUGGCUAUGAUGAAAUAGAAACAAUUUGUGUGUUUUCUGGUUUUGUUUUGUUUUGUUUUUUAAAUUUGCCCUGGCUGGUGUGGCUCAGUGGA